CUUUCUUUACUUGGCUUGUAGUUUAUGCAUUCGAGACUACACUAGCUCUGCUAAAAUUGUGACCCAUGUAUCGGUUAAAAAACUAAAUUAUUUACAGUUGCAGUUGGUACUAUUUUCCUUGAUUUUAUGGACUGUGCUGUGCGUGUGUGUGUGAGAGAGAAAGACAAUGGGAAGGGCAUAUUUUGUGUCCUGUGCUCCGUUUAAGAAUUGAGAUGGUGAAAUUUGUGCAAAUAGAUUAUCGGUUUGUUGCUUGAUUGAAUCCGUGUAGUGUGUAGUGUAGUGUAGGAUAAUGCUGAUGUCGAAUUUAAAAUUCUUUUACAUAUAAACAUGUGGGUGUAUGCUUUCGAUGCGUGCAUAAUAGUGUAAAUUAAGCUAACUAAUAUGGUUUAAUUGAGUGUGGACUACUAGUUUCUCCCUAGAAUAGAGAACUAGGCAUUUUUCAAAACAAUAUGGAUUUGUUAAUAUUCACUUAUGAUGUAAGUACUAAUAUGGGCGUGUGCGAUUUUAUGAUGAUUGUUUAUUUGCAAAUUGUGGUUGUUGACUGUAACUUUGGGAUGAAGUUGUAACCAUCUGAGGGUGACUGUUUAUUUGGGUAGCAUUAAGUUCAAUCUUUAUUCUAUUAGCAAAAUGCUGCUGAUGUAAGUCUACUUUGUUAGGUAUCGAGUGUAGGCAUAUAUAAAUUUAUUUAAGUAAUGAUUUCAUCUUUAUUUUCUACUUUUUUUUCCAAAUGGAUUAAAUUUUUGUAGCAUUUUCUUGUCCUUCAAAAUUUCAGUUACAAUCUGAAUUUUCAAUCACAUACUCUUAUGUAGGAUUUGACUAACCCAGUACUGGAGUUAGAUAUUUCAAAUUUAAUGGAAUUGAGGCAUUUAAAAUUUCGGUGGAGAAAAUGUUUUCUAUAAUUUUCAGUUUGUCCUGUGGUCUAUUACAUAAUUGGUUAGGAGCCAUAAAACCAAUCUGACAUGACAUCCAAGCAUUUGGUAAAUUAAAUCUCUGUAAAAUCUAAUUGGUAUGACCAUGGCGAUAUAGUAACUUCUAAUUAUGUGGUGAAUAAAAUAAUUGUUAUCUCUUUAGGUUGUUUGCCAUGGCUUCAAAAAUGGCUAUACUCUUGUUACUGAAUAAUCACAAUGAUCACAACAUCAUUCCAGAAAAACUUAAAUGCUCUAAUUGAUGGCAUAGGCAUUUCAGUGUCUCUGAAUUGCUGAUCGAAGUUCUAUUGUAUAAAAUGCAGAUUUCUGUGCGGUCCUAUACGAUUGUACAGAAUCCACCCAACCUCCUUUCUUAUAAUGUUAAAUUUGUCUAUAUAUAUAGAAGGAAAAUCUAAAGUUAAUUCUAAUAUCUUAGAUGUCUUUUUCUAAAGUUCAGGGCUUUGCUUCUUUCACAUGUGUUUUUGGUUAACCUUGUUAAAUUCUAGUAGAUUUUUUUUCCUUUUCUUUCAUAGUUUCCUAAAUACUUGCUACCAAAACUGGCAUAUGGUUAUGUCUUGUAAGAUAAAUCUCUUUAUUCACCAUAAAAGUGUCUUGUGAAAUCAAUUCAGUAUAGCAAACAACAAUUAUCCAACAAGAUGAACAUGUGAAAGUGAUAGAUUUAUUUCAUUAUGCUAAUCUUGAUGGGCCCUUAGUUUAAGCUGUCAUGGACAUUUUGGCUCAGACAUUCUAUUUCUCCUCAUGUUUUCAUUCCAUCAUACCAUGCAUGUUAUAAGUGAACCAGGACAUGAAACACUAGAUGAAGCUCCAUUUUCUAAUGGAUGAUUGCACAUCUCAAUUUAGUGAGUCAAGUGGAUUAUACAGCUGCCUUAUGAUUUUUUAGCUAACUAUUACAUCUAUAGAGCUGGCAUAGGUCUCGUUUCCAACUUCGAUGUGCAGGUACACAAACUUAUAACUGUGAAUGGGAAUAAUUUCCAUCUCUUUUGAGUUUUAUGUGCCAUAUUUUCAUGCAUUUUAAAUUGUUACUAUCUGCAGUAUGCCGUGAUGCCAUAUAUUCAUGCUUUUCCUGCUAUAUUUUGUUCUAGCUAUUUUUAAAUUUUCUUGAAAAAAAUAUAUUAUGUGAAAUUUAUUUCUAGUCUACUUACAGAAAAUAAUCACUUGUAAGAAAAGCUGUAUGACAAAUUUUUGAGGGGGGGCUAUGCGCCUAUCAUUAGUGUGGAUCAUAUGAGUAAUGAGUUAGGUAGCUGUUAGACAUGGGAUUCUGCAUCAUGAGAUCAUUUAAAAGCGGGUUCAAUUAAUUUGAUUAUCAUCAAGGGAGGAGAUCAAUUACAUGUCCUAUAGUAAUAUGGCAUCAGUUUUCAUAUUUUCCCAUCUGCGUUCCUCUUUUACUUCUGAUUUAUUGGUUUUAUAAAUGUUGCCUUGGUAGUUGUUUUCCGGUUUCAUGUACUAUUUCUCGUAUGAUAAUAGGAAAUUAGGAAUUAAAAACCCUUUCUGAUAGAAUGUGGAAGAAAGGAUUUAUUUAUAAGGCAUAUUAUGCGUGUUUCCCAUUUGCAGGAGUGUUGUGAUAUCUGUGGUGAUGUUGGGGUUGCUGACGCAUUAAUAAAUUGCAGCCUAUGUAAAAGAAAUACUGAGCAUAUGUAUUGCAUGAGAAUUCCUCUUGAGGAGCAUGUCAAUGACUGGCAUUGUGAAGAGUGCUCUAUGUCAAAUUCACCCACAUCUCGUCUCCUUGAUGCGUCAAAAAUUAACUCAUCGGAAGUACGCAAAGGUGGUGAGCUGCCUGCGGAGAGUAGAAAGUUACCAAAUGAAUCAAGGGUGGGUAUGGGUGAUUGGGAAAAGAGUGUGGCAACUGGGAAGACUAAAUACAUCAGUGUCCAAGAAGCUAUCAAGCUCUCAUCAGGAGAGAAGCUACCUUUUCUGUCUUCAAGUAAUCCUUGCCUCUCAAAAACUCCUCGCCGUAAAAGUGGGAUGGGUAAAUUUGAUUCAACAACCAGGCAUAGAAAAAUAAUGCCAGAUUUCUCGUCUCACCAAAAUCUUGCUUCAGGACCUUCUUGGCCAACGAUGCCUCGAAAACCUGCCAAUUUGGAGAUCCGUAAAAAGCAAAAAUUGCAACAAUCCAAAAUCACAGCAGGGUUUGGAUCACCGAACAGCCUCCAACCUUCUGAAGCCCUGAAAGAUGCACACUUGGUGAAGGAACAGCUUAGUAAAGUUCAAUUGCCUGUGACAACAAGAUCAGUGAAGCAGUCAUCUUUACCAUCAGUGAAUACCUCACCAGUUUCCAUCUCAGGUGGUGAUGGUCGUAAUAAUGCUAUUGAUCGGAGCACUUCUGGUGCUGAGAAUACGAGUAAAAUUCAUUCGCUUGAUUCUGCGAAAUACUUACUGGUCCCUGCUUUGGAUGCUUUGUGGAAGGGAAGCUUCAGGAUCCUGGGUGAUCAUGCACAGAAAGAAAUAAACCAUCUAGUUCAAGCUUAUCCUCCUUCACCAGUUCGUAAAAAGAUCUAUGAAUUCUCAAAGAAAAUGCCAAAAGUUCUUUGUUUCGAAUUGGUUUCUUCCAAACCAUUUUGGAACAACUUAUUCAAUGAGCAUAUUCCUGAUCGAAGUGACAUUGGUCUAUAUUUCUUUCCCGGAGUUGGAGAGAGCUCGGAGGAGGAUUAUGUCUUCCUGGUAGAUCAAAUAAUUUCGACGAACUAUGCAUUGAGGAAACAGACUGCCGAUGUUGAGCUGUUGGUUUUCAGCUCCAAACUUCUGCAUGCCAAUUGUCAAUGUUGGGAUGGAAAGUAUUUCCUGUGGGGAGUAUUCCGCCGUGUGAAACGAAAUGCCACAACAUGCUCAGACAAUACAGUUCUGGAUUCGACAGUGCAACCAUCAGAUGGUGUGAAUCACGACCAGAGUCAGGUGCACGACAGUAACGAAGUUGACAUGGACAUCGACAUGGUAGGUGGCAUCAAUGUGGGAAGAGUAGAUGUUCCAGUUAAAAAAGAACCUAGAGCUGCUAUGGCUUUGCCGGAGUCGGCCCUGCAGGUGGCCUCCGGCCUAAGAGUUGCACCGGUUGCCAUGAUUCCUUCACCAAAUGUCAAAGUAGAGUCUCAUGAUCUCAUUCCUCCUGGAUUUGAGGAGGUGUAUAGGCUAAGAAUCCAGAGUUUGUCUACUCCGAUGGUCGACAUUGGGAAUCAAGGCGUAGGCAAGGGGCGAUGAUCGUUCUUUUUCUUGGAAUAUGGGAUCUGAAAAUGUACAAAAAAUGGGUUGUGAAAUCAGUGUUAGAUUUUUGAUGUGGAAGUGUAUAAAGCUUAUCUGCAGCAUUUGUUUGGGUAAUUUUGUUGUAGUGGUGAAUUGUUUAUAUUAUGACCCUGAUGUAGAAAUUAGACAGGUGGUGCUCACCAUCCAAAUUUGGUUUUUGGUACAAUCAAUUUGUUUAAUUGUCAUUUUUGCUCCA